AGGUGGAGGUGGAAAAGGAGGAGGAGGAGGAGAGCAGGUGCUGCACAGCGCCCAGCCGCGCCAGCCGUGCGCGGCCGCAGCCCAAGUUCGCCCCGGGCUCCAGACGCCCCAGGUCGGGACGGGAAACCGGGAGAUAGUAGCGGGCCGCGGUUCUUGCAGCCUCGGGCGAGGAAGGGGCAGCCCGUGGCACCGAAGGUGCAGACAGGGGCUCCGCAGUCUCCCCGUUCCCGAUGCCCGGGCUGGGAGGAGGAGCCGCGGCAGGGGCAAGGGGGGUCGGAGCGUUCCGUUAACACUGACUGGACCUAGGAGAGCCGGCAGAGGGAGCGACGCUGCGCGGCCGCCGCCGCCUAAGGCUGAGUCUAAGCCGGGCCGGGGGAGCGAGCCCCCUGCCGUCCUGUCACCCAGAGAAGCUCCCGGCCCCAGGAGAGAGUCGGACGCAACCUAAGCGAGAGGAAGGGGCGACUGCCCCGGCGCGGGAUUAGGGGGAACGCAACAGCUGGGCGGGGGAGCAGCGUCUAGACCUCCCUCGGAGCAGCCCGGAGGGUCCGCUAGGGAAGGUGAGGAGGAGGAGGAUAACGGGAAGGGGCCACCCGGGCAAUCAGCUGCUCCUGCCAGCCCCAGCCCAGUCCUUCCACACCCACCCACCCACCCUCUCGCCCUGGAGUCAGGGGAGGCCUCUGGGGGCGCUCGUUCCCCAGCUCGCUGUCGCCAGUGUCCCAGCGACGCUGGGCUAGUGGACUGGGACUGGCGGGAUUUGUGGCAGGGAGGAGAAGGAAGCGGGCUCCUCGGAGCAGUCAUGUCGGUCUAGUGCUCCUCCCUCCGGAUCCCUCUCUAAGACCAGGAUCGGGGGAAAUCCGAAGCAGGGUCCCCCGGGGGCCAGGACGGCGGGGGCGGGAGCCGUUUGGCUUGGGGCUGGAGAGGCGGUGCCCGGGGGGUCCCCGAGAGAGGUAGUACGCGGAGAGACAUCCCGGGGCCAGCAGGGAGGAGAGCCGCUCCGGGAGAGGCCAGUGCCAGGGGCGGCCAGCGGAGGCAGUGCCCGGUCCCGGGUGGGUGCCCGCGGAGGCGGCGCCGGGAGGGCAUGCCGCGCCACCGGGGCUCCUUCCGGGCGCACGCUUCCCUGGCGCGGGCUGCGCGUUGCUGCUGCUGCUGCUGUUGCGGACUCCCAUGGCGGCUCCGCCUGGCCGGGGCUGCCUCCCCCUCCGGCCGCGGACUGAAUGAAUGAGCCGGAGCGGCGGAGGAGCCGGGCUGCCCCCCGCGGCGGGGGCGGCGGCGGCGGCGGCGGCGGCGGCGGCACUGAGCCCCUCGGGACGCUUCCGCAUGGCCCGCGAGGAGCCCGGGGGGGCGGCGGCAGUGGUGGUCGGGCACCCCGGGGGCGGCCGGAACGACGGCCGGGAGCGGGGGCUCCCGCGCUCGGGGCCCCGGCGAGGGCGGCUGCCACUCAGUCGCGCUAAACUGCACGGGCUGCGGCACAUGUGUCCGGGGCGCACGGCGGCCGGGGGCUCUUUCCAGCGUCGGGCGCUGUGGGUGCUGGCCUUCUGCACCUCGCUGGGCUUGCUGCUCUCCUGGUCCUCGAACCGCCUGCUCUACUGGCUCAGCUUCCCCUCUCACACGCGGGUGCAUCGCGAGUGGAGCCGCCAGCUGCCCUUCCCGGCUGUCACCCUGUGCAACAACAACCCGCUGCGCUUCCCGCGCCUCUCCAAGGGGGACCUUUACUACGCCGGCCACUGGCUCGGGCUGCUGCUGCCCAACCGCACCGCCCGUCCGCUCGUCAGCGAACUGCUCCGAGGGGACGAGUCUCGCCGCCAGUGGUUCCGCAAGCUGGCCGACUUCCGCCUCUUCCUGCCACCGCGCCACUUCGAGGGGAUCAGCGCCGCCUUCAUGGACCGCCUGGGUCACCAGCUGGAGGACAUGCUCCUCUCCUGCAAGUACCGGGGCGAGCUCUGCGGGCCCCACAACUUCUCCUCUGUGUUUACAAAGUAUGGGAAAUGUUAUAUGUUUAACUCAGGAGAGGAUGGAAGACCUCUGCUCACUACAGUCAAGGGAGGAACAGGCAAUGGGCUGGAGAUCAUGCUGGACAUACAACAGGAUGAGUACCUACCCAUCUGGGGAGAAACAGAUGAAACGACUUUUGAAGCCGGAGUGAAAGUUCAGAUUCACAGUCAGUCUGAGCCACCCUUUGUGCAGGAGCUAGGCUUUGGCGUGGCACCCGGAUUCCAGACUUUUGUGGCCACACAGGAACAGAGGCUCACUUACCUGCCCCCUCCUUGGGGUGAAUGCCGAUCUUCAGAGAUGGGACUCGACUUUUUUCCUGUUUACAGCAUCACAGCUUGUAGGAUUGACUGUGAAACCCGUUACAUUGUGGAAAACUGUAACUGCCGGAUGGUUCACAUGCCAGGGGAUGCCCCUUUCUGCACCCCAGAGCAGCACAAGGAGUGUGCGGAGCCAGCCUUAGGUCUACUUGCUGAAAAGGACAGUAAUUACUGUCUCUGCAGGACGCCCUGUAACCUGACCCGCUAUAAUAAGGAGCUCUCCAUGGUGAAGAUUCCCAGCAAGACUUCGGCCAAGUAUCUCGAGAAGAAAUUCAACAGAUCAGAAAAGUAUAUCUCAGAGAACAUUCUCGUUCUGGAUAUAUUUUUUGAAGCGCUCAAUUAUGAGACAAUUGAGCAGAAGAAAGCAUAUGAAGUUGCAGCCUUACUUGGGGACAUUGGUGGUCAGAUGGGAUUGUUUAUCGGUGCUAGUAUCCUUACAAUCCUAGAGCUCUUUGAUUACAUUUAUGAGCUGAUAAAAGAGAAGUUGUUAGAUCUACUUGGGAAAGAGGAAGAGGAAGGAAGUCACGAUGAAAACGUGAGCACCUGCGACACAAUGCCAAACCACUCCGAAACCAUCAGCCACACUGUGAACGUGCCCCUGCAGACGACUCUGGGGACCCUAGAGGAGAUUGCCUGCUGACACCCCCUGCCCCGAGGACGGCCCGUCCCCCACCCCAUGAAACAAAACAGAACUUUGCGACCCUGAGACCCAGGAAAGGGGACGGCAAGCUCAGGGCUGAACCCAAUGAAAAGAGUCAAUCGCUAUGCAUUAAGAAAUAUAGAUAGAUAUACAUGUACACCACACAUACACACAACAAAACAAAACAAAACAAUCUGCCAAAACCUAGCAAGAGCCACCUUUGACUUGAUUCCGUCCUCGUGAGCCGUGGGGUGUGACUCUUCCGAGGAAGAGAAUUCCAAUUUCGGAACUGUGCGUAACCAAGCCCGCCAUUUCUCCUACUUUACUGCCAAAUGUAUAAAACACUUGCAUGCCUGCCCUUUUUACUGCGCCGUGUCCACAUCUGUCUUUAGAAGCCACAUCCCUCUCUUUGCGGUGUCUGGUUUUCGCUCCACGACCGGAGCACCGGAGAACGGGAUCAAAGCCCUGAUCUCUUCCCGGUAACAAAAAUCACCCCGACUCGCUCUGCCGGCCCAAGGGGAAUAAAACCGAGCCACCAAGUGCGAAUCGGACAGAUCCUCGAGUGCAUUUUUGUCCUUGUGUAGUUUUCACUGGUUCUUCCAAGAAAGGGCCGCGCUCACGCCCUCCUCCCUAAACCCCAAGGGUCCUUAACACCAAAGGGACUGGCUCCCAGCUGAGCCCGGGACAGACUCAGUGACCUGGAAGAUCGAUUCAUGACUCCUCUGUUGUAUUUCUAUUGUCAUGUAGCUUGUACACCCCGGUCCUUUUUCUUUGAAAUGGGGGAGGAAAAGGUUGGUUGGGUUAUUAUUUUUUUUCCUGUUCAUUUUUUAAAGAUUUCAUGGGAUUUUGUUUGUUUGGAAUUUUCUUUACCAUUAAUUUAUUCUGUGCUUCAAACCACAAUCAUAUUAAAGCUGGUCUUGUGGAAAUGGCCA